AUGGCGCUGCCAAAGGACGCCGAUGUCAUCGCCACACCUCAAGACAAGAGCCUGGAAACUGGAGCGGAGGAGAAGCAGCAACAUGCCGCUUCUGUGGCCGAGGUCGACGCCGAGACGGGCCAUGUCGAGAAGGCCUACUACAGCAAAGUCUCGGUCUGGUUGAUGAUCCUGUAUUCCGGUCUCGCCAUAGGCUCGGACGGAUACAAUGCCGCCGUCAUUGGCAACGUCGAACUGCUCCUUGCCGUCAUCUACCCGAACUCUCUGACCAACGACAUCUACACCCGUCUCAGCAACGCCUUCCUGAUCGGCAUGAUCAUCGGCAUGCUCCUCUUCGGCGGCGUCGUCGACCAGUUCGGCCGCAAGACGGGCGCCGUCGCCACCACCAUCCUGCUCGUGCUCGGCAUCGCCCUCUCCGCCGGCGCGUCCGGCACGACGGAGAAGGGCAUGUUCUGGAUGCUCAUCGUCGCCCGCGGCAUCGCCGGCGUCGGCGCCGGCGGCGAGUACCCCGUGUCGGGCGCGGGCGCGACCGAGGCCACGGACGAGAACAAGGCGCUGCGCAAGCACCGCGGCUUCAUGUUCGCCAUGCUGGCCGACCUGUCGGCGUCGCUGGGCUACGUCUUCGGCGGCCUGGUGCCGCUGCUGCUGCUGCUCUGCACCCACCGCGAGGAGUCGCGCUACGGCGUCGUCUGGCGCGUCUCGUUCGCGCUGGGCCUCAUCCCGCCCGUGUCCAUCUUCUGGUUCCGCAUCCGCAUGGCCGUGUCGACGGCGUACCGGCGCAGCGCCAUGCGCCGGCAGCGCGUCCCCUACGCGCUCGCCUUCCGCCGGUACUGGCGCGCCUUCGUCGGCUGCUCCGCGACGUGGUUCCUGUACAACUACGUCAGCAUCCCCUUCGGCAUCUUCUCCUCGACCGUCACCUCGCGCGUCAACGCGUCCGACUCGCUCGUCAAGAGCCUGGGCUGGGGCGUCGUCAUCAACUGCUUCUACAUCCCCGGGCCCUUCCUCGGCGGCUACCUGUCCGACAAGAUCGGCCGCCGCCAGACCAUGUGCCUGGGCUUCGCCCUGCAGGCCGGCCUGGGCUUCAUCCUGGGCGGCGCCAACAAGCAGAUCCAGACCGUGUUCCCGCUGUUCGUCGUCCUGUACGGGCUCUUCCUGACGCUGGGAGAAGUUGGUCCUGGAAGCACCGUCGUCCUCACCGCAUCCGAGUGCUUCCCCACCUCGAUCCGCGGGCAGAUGAUGGGCCUCGUCGCCGCCUUCUCCAAGGCGGGCGCCGCCAUCGGCACCCAGGUCUUCAGCGCCAUCCUCAAGUCGUGGACCGACGAGUCCAAGGCCGACCAGGCCACAUUCCUGAUCGGCGCCGCCUUCGCCGCCCUCGGCGCCGUCAUCGCCUGGUUCGUCAUCCCCGACGUCAGCUCGCGCCUCGACGACGAGGACGAGGCGUGGCGCCGCUACCUGGCCGAGAACGGGUGGCAGGCCGAGUGGGGCGACGGCGCGACCAAAGAUCCCGGCGCUGUGGUCAUGGACAGGGUUGCUUCUUGA